AUGGCCUCCCUAACCAACCUGCCCCCGCCCCCCGCAAGGAGUCGGCUUCCGGGGUUUGGGCCCUUCUGCCCAGGGGCUGGUGGACUGGCUUGGGCUUCAGGAGUGGUUCAGCGCAGUGGUGCGUUCUCUGACGCUGUCCUCACGCCGGGGCCAGCAGGCUGGGGGGCGGUGAAGAGUGUUCCCUGGUGGGGGUUCGGCGAGGGGGGAGCGCUCGGCCCCCGCGCUCGAUCAGUUUACAGCAUGCUGUUAAUAGAGGCCAUCAAUCACGGCCACGGGCAGCUGGCUCAGACAGGGGCCUCCUUCUCUUUCAGUUACCCCGAACCAAAAACCCGUCCCGGGAAGCUGGUGGGAACACGUGCUCUGGACGUGGUGACGUGCACGACUGGGGUCUCCCUCUUGCUACGCGCCCCCCCCAGAUGCCCUGGCCUGAGCAGAGCUCCCGACACGGUCGCUGGCGCACACCUCGGAGUCAGAGGGCUCUGGGUCCUGAAGUCCAAAGUGCCUCCAGGAUUUCUCGGGGUCAAGACCAGGAAGACCGGCCUUCUGGGCCUGCCCACAGAGUCCUGGAUUUCUCAGAACAGAGCGGGGACCACGCUGCAGCCGCUCGGAGAGGACGGGCCUGGGGCGAGGCUCCCGGCCGUGGUGGUCAGACUCAGUCCUCACCCAGAGGCUGCCCUCCAGCCACAGGUGCGGCUAUCCCCGGAGCGGGGCCAGCCGGCCUCACACCCUCCCGAGAGAGGCCCUGGCUCCCCGGCCUCACUGGCUUUCCUUUCCGCCCCGUCCCCAGACUGGUCCGGCCUCGCGAAGAAGGCCGUCAGCUGUUGUCGUGGGCCGGCAGAGGGCUGUGCAAACUCCACGGGAUUAGGGUUGUGGGAUCAGAAAAGGUCAGCGUCCUCCUCCCGUGUGUCCCUGUCUAUCCGGUGGCCGAGCUUCAAGCUGAUCUUCACCAUUGACUCAGAGCUGGAGUCUUCACAACUGAUGUGUUGUCAACCGUGUGUCCCUGUCUAUCCGGUGGCCGAGCUUCAAGCUGAUCUCACCAUUGACUCAGAGCUGGAGUCUUCACAACUGAUGUGUUGUCAACCGUGUGUCCCUGUCUAUCCGGUGGCCGAGCUUCAAGCUGAUCUCACCAUUGACUCAGAGCUGGAGUCUUCACAACUGAUGUGUUGUCAACCGUGUGUCCCUGUCUAUCCGGUGGCCGAGCUUCAAGCUGAUCUCACCAUUGACUCAGAGCUGGAGUCUUCGGUUGUCCCUGCUGUUGUCACAGCUCUUGCCCAGUAA